CUGGAACAGGUUUGAACAGCUGGAAGUACAGCUGUGUCAGAGGAGUGAGCCUGCUGAUUUAGGAGAGCCUCCCUCUACUCUGCCCACGGUGAGCUGUCUGUUUAUGAGAGAAGAUUAAUAUAUGCAACAGAUGUCCAUUUUAUCAGAUCCACCACCAUACAGCAUACAGUUAUCUGUCAGUCCCUCAAUCAAAACACCAUAUGGUCAAAAGUGUGUGGACACCUGAACAUCACACCCAAUUGUCUGGAAUGUCUUUGUAUGCUGUUGCUUUACAAUUUCCCUUCACUGGAACUAAGAGGCGCAAACCUGUUCCAGCAUAGUAAUGCCCCUGUACACAAAGCGAGCUCCAUGAAGACAUGGUGUGUGAAGGUUGGUGUAGAAGAACUCGAGUGUCCUGCACAGAGCCCUGACCUCAACCCCACUGAACACCUUUGAGAUGAACUGGAACACCGACUGAACCCCAGACCUCCUCACCAAAAUCAGCGCCUGAUCUCACUAACGCUCUUGUAGCUGAAUGAACACAAAUCCCCACAAACACACUCUAAAAUCUAGUGGAAAGACUUCGCAGAAGAGUGGAGGAUAUUAUAAUAGCAAACACAGGGAGAAUAAAUCUGGAAUGGGAAGUUCAACAAGCACAUAUGGGUAUGAUGGUCAGGGGUACCUAUACUUUUGGCUAUAUAGUGUGUUUCUGGUCAGUAAUACAGCUCUCGUGUAUGAUGAAGCUACGAAGGUGCUCGGAGUGGCAGCGGAGAUAGCAGUGUAAUGCAGUGUAGCAGGUUUUCAGUGCAGUCACAUCCCCUGCGCUGAGAAAUGAAGGUUGCUGUAGUGUGAUUUAGGACAAGUCCAGAGGAAGCAGGCUUGUGAAAUUUUUGUGGUAGUAACAGCCGGAUGCGGAAGGUAUGAGAACCGCUGGAGGAACUUGUUUGGAAAUAGAAUUGAAACCGUCCGAUCAUACACCAGGACAUCGUAAAAACACUACUGCAGUACUGUGGUGGUGCUGAAGUUAUUAAACACCUCAAUGUUGCUGCUCAAAAAUCUCAGGACAACAACAGGGCUUUGGUCAGACACUGACGCUGACGAAGGCUAGACAACAUUCAGUGAUCUUCAGGGAGGUCGGUCUUUAGUCUGGCUGGUGUCAUGGUGGAUCCGGAGUCAGUCCUGAGAACAGUGUGUGUGAGGCAGGAACACACCCCGGAUAAGACGCAAGUCAAUCGCAGGGCACCUUGCACACACACACACACACAUUCCCAUCCACCAGUUCACCUACUGGCAUGUUUUUUUUUUUUUUUUGGACGUGGGAGGAAAGUGAAGAACCAGAGGAAACCAAGACAGGUGGGCACCAACCUGACCGAUCUGACCCUGAGGAAGAGGAGAGUGACUGUGAGAGAGUUAGGAGGCUGCAUGGGCCCUAUAUGGCCCAGCUACUUCAGGGACUGCACAUCUGUUAUUUUCAUGGUCGACUCUGCCAACAUCACACAGAUUUCCUCCUCCUGCAUCCAGCUGCUGGGCGUUCUCUCGGCCGAGCCGCUCCGGUCCGCCUCUGUGCUCGUGCUGUUCAACAAGAGGGACCUUCCAUGCACCAUGUCGCUAGAGGAAAUGAAGUCACUCUUCAGGAUGGAUGACAUCAUUGCCUCCGCUCCUCAAUCGAUCACAGUUUUAGAGCUCAGUGCUCGCUCUGGAAAGGGCCUUCAGGAAGUGCUCAACUGGCUGGACUCGACUCAACCUGACUGACCUGAUAACAGAUCGUGGAAGAUACUGACACACAGAACUUAACCUUACAGAAUGAUGCACACAUCUGAGUUAGGACUGCACCAUGGUCAGAACAGCUUAAUGUUUCUCAAGCCGAGUUAAAAUGCAGCGGAGGUGAUCUAAUCCGCUCAACAUCAUCUGCAUUACUUCACACUUUUGUGCCUGAUGAUGUGAUAUGACAAGAAUAAGUUGAACUUCAGUCUCGCUAUGAAGACGCUAUGAUGAUGCUUGGAUAUGACUCACAGCAAACAGUCAACCGAUGCGAUAUUAAAUAGUUUGAGCCAGUAUUCCAGGAAUUUUCACACUUGCCCUUUUGCACCAAAAAGUAGUGUGAUUGAGUGCAAAAUGCAGUUUUUAAACACAAAUGUGAUCCAAGGAGUUCUGGUCCAUCUCAAGUGGCCACUUUUUCACUGAAAACAUCAGCCAAUGUCCAACCAUAGUGUAGAGAUGUAAAUGAAUACAUUAUUCGGAAUGAACAGAUACAAAUAAAAAUAUAUUUAAUGCUUUCCAGAAAGAUCCAUAGGGCAUCGGGUUGAGAUGAGACUAGAGGUGUGUAUUGAGACUGAGAUCUCACAGGAUGCAGUAACAAAAAAAGCCUAAUAAUAAUAAUAAUAAUAAUAAUAAUAAUAAUUGCAUUAGUGGGAAGUGUUUACUUUAAAUGUAGGAAUGAGCAAGCAGUCAGAUAUGAAGCUUGCGGGACAAAGAAAGACCGCUACUGUGUGAUGCAUUCACAUAUUCAUCAGUAACUGCCUGGUCAGGGCUGCAGUGGUUUAAAUGAGGCUACUAAUUUGUGUAUAUUUUGCUAAAUUAAAUAAAAUAAAAUGCUAAUAAAAUUUAAUCAAUUAGAAAAUAUCACAAGCUGAUGCAAACAAAAGCAGUUAUUGUGUCAGUGGGAUUAAAACACAGUUCUCUGCAUCUCUAGUUGAGACCAGUUAUGCAUUGGCGUGAUGUAGCUGAGGUUGAGAAACUGUCAGAGCCAGAAUUCACACACACCGUGCUGACACUGCUGUCAUUUCUUCAUAUUUCAUUCAAAUAAUAAAUCUGGUUUAGGCCACAA